AGCAUCUACAGGCUGUAUCGUAACUACUUUCAAAAGUGAAGAUAUUCUACAAUGAUUUGUAGGGAGGCAAAAGUACUUGAGGAAGAACGUAGAGUGAAGGCUAAUGAUCGAGAUUACAAUGAAAAGUUUAAUUAUGCAAAUAAUGCCAUCAAGACAUCCAAAUACAAUGUUAUCACGUUCUUGCCUAUCAAUUUAUUUGAGCAGUUCCAGCGGGUUGCCAAUGCUUAUUUUCUCUUCCUGCUGAUUUUACAGUUGAUCCCUGAAAUCUCAUCGUUGUCAUGGUUUACUACCAUUGUGCCUUUAGUUCUUGUACUAACCAUUACGGCUGUGAAGGAUGCAACCGAUGACUAUUUUCGACACAAGACUGACAAUCAAGUGAACAACCGUCAGUCUCAGGUGCUUCGCGGUGGCAAAUUACAGAAUGAAAAAUGGAUGAAUGUGAGAGCGGGAGACAUCAUCAGACUGGAGAACAAUCAGUUUGUCGUUGCUGAUAUGCUGCUUCUUUCCAGCAGUGAGCCACAUGGUCUCUGCUACGUUGAAACAGCUGAGCUCGAUGGGGAAACAAAUUUGAAAGUUCGCCAAGCUCUACCCGUAACUGCGGACCUUGGAGAAAAUGUUUCCACGCUCGCAGAAUUUGAUGGGGAGGUUGCGUGUGAGCCUCCGAACAAUAAACUAGACAAGUUUACUGGAACUCUGAUCUGGAAAGACUGCAAGUAUUCUCUGAAUAACGGCAAGAUGCUCUUGAGAGGAUGUGUUCUGAGAAACACAGAAUGGUGCUUUGGGAUGGUGAUCUUUGCAGGCCCUGACACUAAAUUAAUGCAGAACAGCGGUAAAACUAAAUUUAAAAGAACCAGCAUUGACCGGCUAAUGAAUACACUAGUGUUGUGGAUCUUUGGUUUCCUUACUUGCAUGGGGAUCAUCCUGGCGAUAGGAAACUCAAUAUGGGAAUAUCAAGUUGGCAGUCGCUUCAGAGUCUACCUUUCUUGGGACGAAGUGGUGAAUAGCUCUGUAUUUUCAGGAUUUCUCACAUUUUGGUCAUACAUCAUCAUUCUGAACACCGUUGUACCCAUUUCUUUAUAUGUAAGCGUUGAAGUCAUCCGGCUUGGACACAGUUACUUUAUCAACUGGGACAGAAAAAUGUAUUACGCUAAAAGAGGCACCCCUGCCGAGGCCAAGACCACCACACUCAACGAGGAACUUGGGCAAAUAGAGUAUAUAUUCUCGGACAAGACAGGAACGCUCACCCAGAACAUUAUGACGUUCAACAAAUGUUCAAUAAAUGGAAGAGUUUAUGGUGAAGUGCGGGAUGAACUUGGGCGUAAAGUGGAAAUCACCGAGAAAACUCCGCCGGUGGAUUUCUCAUUCAAUCCUCUUGCUGAUAGGAGGUUUCAUUUUUACGAUCGCAGCUUAAUUGAAUCUAUAAAACUGGAAGAUCAUCACGUACACGAGUUUUUCAGAUUGCUCUCUCUCUGUCACACCGUCAUGACCGAGGAGAAAAAUGCAGGUGAGCUGGUUUACCAAGUGCAGUCGCCGGAUGAAGGCGCAUUAGUUACAGCGGCCAGGAACUUUGGCUUUAUUUUCAAGUCCCGAACUCCUGAGACCAUCACUGUGGAAGAGAUGGGGAAAACGGUUACAUAUCAGCUGCUAGCAAUAUUAGAUUUCAACAAUGUCCGCAAAAGAAUGUCUGUAAUAGUACGAAAUCCAGAUGGGCAUAUUAAACUCUAUUGCAAGGGAGCCGACACUAUCUUGUUUGAGAGGCUGCAUGCCAGCAGUGAGGAAUUAAUGUCUGUUACGUCAGAUCAUCUUAAUGAGUUUGCUGGAGAGGGCUUGCGGACACUAGCCCUGGCAUAUAAAGAUCUCAGUGAGGAGUACUUGAAGUGGUGGCUGAACAUCCAUCACGAUGCAAGUACUGCUAUUGAGAACAGAGAAGAACGACUCGCCGCUGCUUACGAAGAAAUAGAAAGUAACAUGAUGCUACUAGGUGCCACUGCGAUUGAGGACAAGCUCCAAGAAGGUGUGACAGAAACCAUCGCAAGUCUCCUUUUGGCAAAUAUUAAGCUGUGGAUUUUAACAGGAGACAAACAGGAAACUGCUAUGAAUAUUGGCUAUUCCUGCCAUAUGCUCACGGAUGACAUGAAUGACAUUUUCAUAGUAUCUGGUCGCACAGUGGCAGAAGUUCGGGAAGAACUGAGGAAAGCCAAGGAGUGCACAUUUGGACAAAGUAGGCACAUCUACAACGGCCAUCAGUUCUCUGAAAAGACGAGAGAUGCUAAGCUUGAAUCUGUGUAUGAAGAAACUGUCACCGGUGAAUAUGCCCUGGUCAUAAACGGACAUAGUCUGGCCCAUGCUCUUGAAGCAGACAUGGAGAAGGAGUUUCUGGAGAUCGCAUGUAUGUGUAAGACCGUGAUUUGCUGCAGAGUGACUCCUCUUCAGAAAGCCCAAGUGGUGGAGCUGGUGAAAAAAUACAAAAGAGCCGUCACUUUGGCCAUUGGAGACGGCGCCAAUGACAUCAGUAUGAUUAAAAGUGCCCAUAUAGGAGUUGGGAUCAGUGGACAGGAGGGGAUGCAAGCUGUUUUAGCCAGUGAUUAUUCCUUUGCUCAGUUUAGAUACCUCCAAAGACUGCUUCUUGUCCACGGUAGAUGGUCCUAUUUCCGAAUGUGCAAGUUCCUCUGUUAUUUCUUCUAUAAAAAUUUUGCCUUCACACUAGUGCAUUUCUGGUUUGGCUUCUUUUGUGGAUUCUCUGCGCAGACUGUCUAUGACCAGUGGUUCAUAACACUCUUCAAUAUUGUAUACACAUCACUUCCAGUGCUGGCAAUGGGACUGUUUGAUCAGGAUGUGAAUGAACAGAAUUGCAUGGAUUACACUAAACUCUACGAGCCAGGCCAGCUGAACCUGCUAUUCAACAAACGCAGAUUUUUUAUUUGUAUAGCACAUGGAAUUUAUACUUCGUUUGCCCUGUUCUUUGUACCCUUUGGGGCAUUUUUCAAUACUGUCGGUGAAGACGGAAAGCACAUUGCAGACUAUCAGUCGUUUGCCGUCACUGUUGCUACAAGCCUGGUUAUAGUUGUCAGUGUCCAGAUUGGCUUGGACACUAGUUACUGGACAGCGAUUAAUCAUUUCUUUAUUUGGGGCAGCCUUGCUGUGUAUUUUUCCAUUUUGUUUGCAAUGCAUGGCGAUGGUAUUUUCGAUAUAUUCCCUAGUCAUUUCCCAUUUGUAGGAAAUGCCAGAAAUUCCUUAAGUCAAAAAUGUGUUUGGCUUGUUAUUUUCUUGACCACUGUGAUUUGUGUCAUUCCUGUGCUGACAUAUCGGUUCCUGAAGGUCGAUCUGAGCCCAACACUAAAUGAUAAGGUUCGAUAUUUGCAGCAAGCAAAGAAAAGGAGGAAACCGUUGGAGAACCGCAUGCGGAGGGUACAUAGAACAAGCUCAAGGAGGUCAGGAUACGCUUUUGCUCACCAAGAAGGUUAUGGAGAACUUAUUACAUCUGGUAAAAACAUGCGUAUGAAUGAUCCCCAGUCCUCCUCAGGCUUGGCAAAAACAAUGCUAAGCAGCACAAGCUGGAUAGAGAAUUUACGAAAGAAGACUGCAGAGAAUUUUCAGAACAGUUUCAGCAGUGACAAGACAUCAAAACUAUGACUUGCUAAACUACCUGGUAACAAAGUUUAUGUUGUGUUAACCUCGAGUUGUGGUCAUAUCUUUGCACUGUA